AUGGAUCACUCAUUUUGUCUUAUGUCCGGUGGUGCCGAACCAUAUAGGGAAACAAGCAAAGAAAGCAAGGAUUCUGGUACUCCUGAGAAAUCGAUUUCCAAUCGGGUAUUGACUAAAUCGAGUUUGGCGCCUACAUAUUCGAUGUCAGUCGAGAUAAACGAGGAAAUAGCUCAAACUUUGAUAGUUGUCGCCGAAUGUGAGGUGAAAGCAAUAGCGCUGCCAUUAUUCAGCCAACUGUUCGCUUACAAAUGUGAUGAAAUCCCUUUGGUCAAGGCCCAAGCUAGCCAUGUUCGAGGUUAUCCUGUGUUGAUGUGCUUGGCUGCUGACGGAAAGAUGGUAGUUCUCUCAUUACCAUCACUUCGGGUACUUCAUCAGUCACCGUUCUUGCCCCAUUCGGUCGAUAUUGACGAUGUGAUAUGCCAGAGAAUGUCCUUCUCAGAACAUGGUUUGGGAAUUUAUAUGGCAAGCCCGUCAGAGGUCGAAAAGUAUACAAUUUGUUCUGAGCUAGCAGACCAAGCAGCGGAGUCGUUAGGAGACCUCUUCGUGGCUUGUGACCUUCCUGAACCGCCUCGAAAUAACAGCUCGUUCUUGAAGGUAGGGCUGAUUCGAAAGGGUCAUAUAUAAUG